UUUUGGUCAUGGCUACGGAUAAAGAUACACCUUCAUUUACUGGUUCACCCCAUACAGAUCAAGCUUUAGCAGGGUUUGGUGCUGGUAUAGCCUCCACAACAUUUCUUCACCCUCUUGACUUGAUCAAAGUUCGAUUUCAAGUUGAUUCAGCUCGAUAUUCAGAUAAACGACCCUUUUUAGGAGGUACCAUAAAAUCCUUUCAAUCGAUUGUACAUGAAGAAGGUGUAUGGCGAGGAUUAUAUCGAGGUGUGGGGCCAAACAUGGUAGGGGCCACAUUGAGUUGGGCCUUUUAUUUUGGAUGGUAAGCCACAAAUGACGGACACCAUAGUCUGACUCGUUAGGUAUGAUUUAAUCAAGGAUUAUAUGGGAAAAGACGAUGAAGGCAAAUUAUCCCCUGUACAACAUUUAGUAGCAUCAGCAGAAGCAGGU